AUGAAUGCUCAGAACCGAAAAUUGAUAACAGCAGGCGCCACUGAAUAUCAAGGCAAAGUUCGUUCCAGCUGCUUUAUGGAUCCCAUUCUCGAAAAUGAUGUUCGAAAUCAUUUUCUAAAGGAAAGUGUUCCCAUAGCACAAGAACAAGGACCUGCCCGAGCGCGUCCUUCUGCGCGAUCCCCAAAAAGUCUUCUUAAAAGAAAUUUUGAUUUUGUCAAGUCUCUUUUAGGUCGUUUAUUUCCAUUUCAGAAAAAGAGCAAAUGCCUGAACCCUAGGUCUGUUCAGAUCUCUCCUCCCACCUUGGUUAGUACUACAUCCACUCUUGCUCUGUCUGCCAUGCAACAACCGGAAUGCUUAAAUAACUGA